GAGUUUACAUACUUAUGCUAGAGGACACCUGUUAGAAUUCAUAUCCAGUGAUAUCUUGCCGAUAAUUUCUUUUUUCCGAAUCUCCGCUCAACAAAUCUUUGAGGAGCAUAUAAAGUUUGAUUUGGUCGAGCUUGCUGUUAGUUGGUAAAACCGUGUUGAUGCUACUGCAUCAAAGGUUUCAAGGAUAAGUUGUUUUCAAUCAUCUGUAAAUACUUUUUUCACUGAAAAUUUUAAUUGAUAUUGUUGUUGUUUUUAAUAUUUAAGACAAGUAGUCUGUAUUCUGUAUAUUUCAUUGAAGUAGAACAUGGAUAUACAAAACGUGGAAGAAAACCAAGAGAAGGAGAAGUAUCCAAAAGCAGUAUUCUUCAUUCUUGGAAAUGAAUUCUGUGAACGAUUUUGUUACUAUGGCAUGCGGACUGUCCUCACAAUUUACCUUACCGAAGAGCUUCUUUAUAGCGGCAGCAAAGCCACCAUAAUCUUCCAUUCCUUCAUUAUGCUUUCGUAUUUCACUCCUCUUUUCGGUGCACUCUUAGCUGACUCACUGCUUGGAAAAUUCAAAACAAUUCUAUACAUUUCAAUCGUUUAUGCUAUUGGAAAUGUGAUCCUUUCUAUUGGCAGCAUUCCUAAUGAUUUAAGUACUAUGAAGGCAGUGUCUUUAUUAGGCCUCUUUAUUAUUGGAAUAGGAACAGGGGGAAUAAAACCGUGCGUUUCUGCGUUUGGUGGAGACCAGUUUUCCAGCAGACAGGAAAAAGAACGGCAAAAAUUCUUUUCUGUUUUCUACUUUGCUAUAAACAGUGGUAGUGUACUGUCAACUCUGCUUACUCCUAUUUUGCGAGCGGAUGUCCACUGUCUAGGAAGUGACAGUUGCUAUCCACUGGCAUAUGGCAUUCCUGCAGCUUUAAUGGUUAUUGCUUUAAUCUUGUUCCUGAUUGGCAAGCCGCUUUACAAGAUGAAACCAGCUGAAGGAAACAUAUUCCAAUCGGUAUUUAAAUGCAUAUGUCAUGCUAUAUCAAGGAAAACAAAAAGCAAGGAGAAGAAGAAAUCUCAUUGGUUGGAUUAUGCUGAUGAUAAGUUUGAUAGAGAUCUGAUAAAAGACAUCAAGACACUUCUGCAUGUUUUAUGGGUGUUUAUUCCAGUGCCAAUAUUCUGGGCACUUUUUGAUCAAACUGGCUCAAGUUGGACAUUACAAGCCACCAAAAUGAAUGGAGAAGUUUUAGGAUAUCAUGUAAAGCCUGAUCAGAUGCAAGUCAUGAAUUCAGUCCUGAUUAUAGUUCUGAUUCCAGUAUUUGACUAUGCUGUAUAUCCAUUAUUCAGCAAAUGCAACUUAUUGAAAAAGCCCCUGCAAAGAAUGGCUGUUGGAGGAUUUUUGUCAGCUUUAUCAUUUGUUUUUGCUGGAUUUAUUGAAUUAGGACUUGAAAGUGGAUAUCCUGUAAUUCCAGGAGCAGGACUCUCGGAACUGACCAUAAUAAACAAUUCACCUUGUCACAUGAGGAUACUACAAGCAAAUAAUUCUGAAAUCAAAUUGGAUCGAUUUGAAUUUUCAGUUUUAAAUGAUAUCGCCAUGGGCAAAGAAAUAUCAUGGGAAUUUAUUCCAGAAAACUGUUCUGAAACCCGAUCUGUAACAAAGCAAUUUAAUACCUCUUCAUCUAUUGAAUCAAUGAUGAUAUUCUUACAAAACAAUGAAAUUCAAGUUAUGAAAACUUCAGACAGUAAACAACGAACAGAUGAUGGAGAACCAAAAAUAAAGCUAUAUUUUACCACAGACUUUGAAUUUUCAUCAAAUAAAACAUCUUUUAAACUUGACAAAUCUUCAAAUCAAAUAUACAUGAUGCCAAACAACACAAAUGAGCUUUUGACAUCAGGUGUGACAGAAUAUAGCAAGACAUCUCCUGGAAAGUACAAAAUAUACCUUCCACUAAAUGAUACUGCUCAUGAAAAAGAACCAGUGGGUGAAAUAGAUCUGAAAUCUGGAGGCAUUUACAUAGGUGUUAUUUAUCAAAGUUCAUCACCAAAUAUUUCAAAUUUCAUGGUUAUUUCUAUGGUAGAACCCAAUACUGUUUCUAUAUUAUGGCAAAUACCAUCCUAUGUAAUACUUACCACAGGUGAAAUCAUGUUUUCCAUCACAGGGUUAGAAUUUUCAUAUUCUCAGGCACCUCAAUCAAUGAAAUCAAUUGUACAAGCAGCUUGGCUACUCACAGUGGCAUUUGGAAAUCUUAUAGUUAUGAUUAUAGCCAAGCUAAGCCUAUUUGAAAAGAAGUCUUAUGAGCUGUUCAUGUUUGCUGUGCUUAUGGGCUUGGAUAUGCUUGGUUUCUCAAUCAUGGCAUACUUUUUCAAAUAUGUGGAGGGCAGUAAUUAUGGUUCUCCUAAGCCAGAUAAAAAUGGAAAAGACAAUGCAGCUUAUGAAGAAGAGACAGACUUUAAUAAAUGAAA